GUUUGUUCCAACCAUCAGGUCCUUACUGCGUGCACUUAACAUGCAUCCAUAUACGUGCUGGGUUUUCAAUCGCAAUGUCGACGGACUCAAAUCAGACCCUUCACCUUCAAUUUUUGGGGCAUUACCCUGCUCGACCCAGACUAGAGAGUCUGGCGUCCGAGUCGUUGGUAGCCUCGCCACUUAUACGUUCAUCCCCCGGCCUUGCCAUGGGAUAUCAUCCAAUUGUUCGGUCUUUCAUCAGAACCAGGUCCGAUUCUGCGUGAAGACGGAUUUAUCCAUGCCAAAUUACACCUCCGUCACACGGGACGAUGGAAGCAAUAUAGCUUUAGUGGAAUGGGGUCCCGAACCGAGCGUUGAAAUACGAGGGAUUGUAGCGAAACGCCCAGCUUCUAAAUUUCUGAGGCACUCAUCUAACGAGCGCCUGAGAUUCUGGAUAAUGGAAGUUGACGGCGUGGAUUACAUUUGGAUUCCGAAUCAGAAUGACGGCUAUACGCUCUACAAAGCGGGAGAAAACUUGAUGUUUGCAAAGACUACCUCGAAAUGCACAGCUGUGGUCCUACACGUCGUCGAACACUUAGUUCAGUCUCGCCUCCUACCUGCCUGUUUGGUUGCCACAAUUCUCAUGCAUCGAACUACCAGUUGAUCUAGAGUAGCCUUAUCCUUGCAAUGCCAC